GGAGGAAUUAAAGCCUGAGGUUGUGCUGGUGGAACCUUAUAUCCGUGGAUGGGCAAAGAGGCUCGACCAGCAACAAGAUUGGACUGGAACAGCAUUUGUGGAUGGCCUCCCAGAGGGAUUGUGCCAUGUGGGUACGAAUGCACCGCCAUCAGUUCACUGAGGAUGUUGGAGGGUUAUCAGUCACCAUGGGUCGCCGGCGGGGCACGAACCGUAUGGUGAAUGAGGCCCAGGUAAGCGAGGAGCUCAAGAUUACAAUAGCGCUUGCCCUUAAGAAACUCACCCAAAAUGAUGAUCAGAAAGAGCUUGAGUUACCAUCAUCUCUUACAUCAGAAGAGAGGAAAUAUAUCCACUUUUUGUCACAACAGAUGGGCUUCAAGAGCAAGAGUCGGGGGAAAGGCUCGUCCCGCUACCUAACAGUGUACAAAAAAGAAGGGUCAACAAUUAUGAGCAGUGAAGCAGUUGUUAGUCUAGCUGAUCCUACACGCGCUACCAUCUUGGGACUACUUCAGCGUUGCCCAGUUACCAACAAAGAGCGCCAAGACCUUUUGCCAGCUACUGAAAGGGAUAGACUUAUGAAUCCAGAAUUGAGAGACCUUAGUGUACUACGUUCCUUGGGACGGUUGACUCCAGGGCCCCCACAGAUUCCUCCACCACCAAGUCUCAGUGAUCUGACUGCAGAAGCAAGGAAGUUACCAAUUUGGAACAUGAGGGAUCAGCUCCUCGCUGCUGUCCACCACAACCAGGUGAUCUUGGUCUGUGGUGAGACUGGGUCUGGGAAAACAACCCAGGUACCACAAAUGCUGCUCCAAGAGGCGUCAUCCCUGGGAAAGCCAUGUCGUAUUUUUUGUACUCAACCACGAAGAAUUUCUGCAUUAACCAUUGCAGAAAGAGUGGCAGCAGAGAGAGGUGAAAAAGUUGGAUACACUGUUGGUUACCAAAUUAGACUGGAGAGCAAGUUAUCACCAAAGACUUUGCUGACAUUUUGUACAAAUGGAGUGCUACUUCGUACGCUUAUGGGGGGCGAUUCCUCUCUUGCCAGUGUAACUCACAUUCUUGUUGAUGAAGUUCAUGAGAGAGAUAGAUUCACAGACUUCCUUCUGAUUGUGCUACGGGACUGCCUGCCCAAAUUCCGUCAUCUUAAGCUUCUACUCAUGUCGGCGGCACUGGAUGUUAAUCUUUAUGCCAAGUACUUUAACAACUGUCCAGUCAUUGAUGUUCCUGGAAGGUGCUACCCAGUGAAGGAGUAUUUCUUAGAAGAUGUGCUAAAGUACACCAACUACCAAACUCCAGAAAUGGUGAAAGCUGGCAAGGAAUUAGAACAGCGACAAAGUGGUCAGAAGACAGCGACAGCAUGGACACAACAGAUGUCGCAGCAAAUCCUGAACAAUGUGUCCGGAGCAUCAGCAAUAGUAUCUCCCAGUAGAAUGUCCGACACUCCACAAACCAAGAAUCAUGAAUUGGAUAACACAUUGAAGGAAGAAAUGGAUCAAUGCAUCCAGCAGGCCUUUCUCAAUGGCUCUGAUGAAGCCUUCUCCCAGAUGAUGUACUUAAUCAUGUCUGAGAAUGUCUCUCCAGAUUAUCAGCAUUCAGAAACCUGGGCAACUGCUCUCAUGGUUGCUUCUGGACGUGGUCGGGUGGAUGUAGUUGAACAACUUUUAGCACUCGGAGCCUCUCUUACAUUGCGUGCUGCAAAUGACUGGACAGCUGCAAGCUGGGCCAAGUCUACAGGGCAGCAAGAGGCUCUAGAUUUACUGCAUGCCUACAGUGCCUGUGAAGGAGUAGAUCUGCUAUCUCUGAAUGGUAAGGGAAGUCCUGCUCCAGGUAAGGGAGGACCACGGGGAUCAACACCUGUUACGCCCACCCUUGAGCUAAGUCUUGAGGAUAAAAGGAUGCUUGAUGCAUACCACCACUCUGUGUCAGAUGAGAUUGUUGAUGUGGAUCUGGUUCAUGCUCUCUGCUACAAACUCCAUACUGCCCAGCCGCCAGGUGCGAUUCUUAUUUUUCUGCCUGGAUAUGACGAUAUAGUGACCUUGAGGGAUCGCAUUAUAGCAGAGGAGAAACAGUAUCUCAUUGGGGGAAAAUAUUGCCUCUUUUGUUUGCACUCUAGUAUGCAGUCAAGUGAUCAAAAGCGAGUUUUCCGAUCUGCACCACCAGGCGUUCGUAAGAUCAUACUUUCUACAAACAUCGCAGAGACCAGUGUGACUAUCAAUGAUGUUGUAUAUGUUAUCGAUGCUGGCAAGGUUAAAGAGAUGAGUUACGACUCGAUGGUAGGUGUGUCGUGUCUGCGUGCAGUGUGGAUAUCUCAAGCAUCUAGUCAGCAGCGGCGUGGCAGGGCAGGAAGGUGUCAGCCGGGCAUCUGCUAUCACCUAUUCUCUCGUGGACGGUACAAUGCUCUACAGCCACACCAAACACCUGAAAUCCUAAGAACUCCAUUGCAGGAGCUGUGUCUCCAUACUAAACUACUUGCUCCAGCCAACAUGCCUAUAGCAGACUUCCUAGCACGGGCACCUGAGGCUCCUGCAUUCAUGGUCAUACGUAAUGCAGUUCAAUUACUGAAAAGCAUGGAUGCCUUGGAUGGUUGGGAGGAUGUGACUGAACUAGGACAUCACCUUCUGGAUCUGCCUUUACCACCACGCCUGGCCAAAAUGGUGAUCACAGCCACUGUCCUCAAGUGCCUGGAUCCAGUGCUUACGAUUGCAGCUUGUUUAGCUUACAAAGAUCCAUUUACACUGCCAAAGCAUCCAAGUGAGAAGAGAAAUGCUAACGCAGUCAGACGAAAAUUUACAUCUGGGACGUACAGCGACCACAUGGUUCUCUUGAAAGCUUUCCAGGCAUGGCAAAAGGCAUGUGGUGAAGGUUGGGAGAGAGGAUGGUGUGAACGCAAUUAUGUCUCUGGAGCAACCAUGGAGAUGAUCCAUGGCAUGCGAUCCCAGGUACUGGCUCAGCUGCGAGGAGCUGGAUUUGUUCGAGCUCGUGGGCCUGGUGACAUCAGAGAUGUCAAUAGCAACAGUGACAACUGGGCGAUGGUAAAAGCUGCGUUGGUGUCAGGAAUGUACCCUAACCUUAUUAGGGUUGACAGAGACCAGUGCCAACUUAGAACACAGAAGGAGAGCAAAGUGCGAUUGCAUCCUACUUCAUCACUGUUAGACACGGCUGGCAACAACCACAACUCCCUAAGUGCUGCUCAUCGGGCCUUGGUUAGCAACUUACCCUCCGAUUGGUUGGUGUAUGACGAGAUGGUACGGAUUGGAGUAGUUGCCCAUGUUCGAACUGUGACACUGGUGUCCCCACUGACAGUCCUGCUACUUGCUGGUCCAAUGAGACUUCCUCUGGAUGCCUUAUCUGAACCCUCAAGUCGAAGUAGUGGCGAUUGCAGCAGUGACAGUGAGAGUGAGGACCGACCUAUAGGUCUCAGCUGUCUUGUAAGAAUUGACAACUGGAUACAGUUCCUGGGUGACCCUCAGGCGGCACACUUGGCACUCCAGCUGCGACACAAGCUGCACGCUCUCAUCCUCAGACGACUCAGAGCACCCAACAAGCCACUCACCCAGGCUGAUGAAGAUGUAGUGCGAGUUGUAGCAUCAGCUCUGAGCCAAGAGGAACAAGCACUUAACCUUGUGCAGCCUUCAGGUGUUGGACAGCGCCCUCGACCUCUCUACCCCCAUAGCCACCCACAUGAGGGUGGAUGGUCUGGUGGAACUUCUGAAGACUCUCAGUCUAGUCGAUCGUCAUCACGGCGAACCAGUGACGCAGCUACCCCUCCUGUAGGCACACAUCCUUCAGCAAAGUUUUCAACCAGCACAAGCACAGUCACCAAGACUGGAUCAACAGGAACAGUGUCAGUGACAAGUCCUUCUGGUCCCAGCAACACAGCCAGUGGCUUUCCUAAUACCAGUUCAUCCGCAAUGUUUCCCUCCAGUACUGCUUGUGGAGGAUUUUCCAGCACAGGUCAUGCUGCCUCGAACAUCUUUACAUCUAACACGGGCAUGAAAUCUAACUUAAACACCACAGCCAGCACAAUUAUAACCACUUCCUACAGAUCAUUUCCUAGCAUUAGUACCAGUAGUAUUGUUAACCCCACAGCAAACACGAACACUUUCAUCAGCAAUAACUUAUCUCAAGCCACUUCCAGUGCCAACAAAACUUCCGUAGCAACUCCAUCAUCAGCAUCGACUCCACCCAAAACAACCAUCUCUGUCAGUAGUGGAGGAGGCAAUGCUAUUGGAGGAACUAAGCAAAUAAAUAAAGAUUCCAAAGCAAAUUAUAACAAUAAGACGAGCAGCAGCAGCAGCAGCUGUGGUGGUGCUGAAGGAGGAAGCAGCUGUGGAAAGUCACGGUACUUCAUUAUCAAGGCUUCUAUGUAUAAGCAGCUGGAAGCCUCUCAUCAUACAUCUUUGUGGGCCUUCACUCACAACACCGAAAAGAAAAUCAUUCAAGCCUUUCAGACUGGCUCUGUCAUUUUGGUGUUUACUUUACAUAGAGGAGGACAGUUUAAUGGUUAUGCUCGCUUUACGGGGGAGAAAACUGACGAAAAAUGUCCUGAUAUUACCAAUGUUGGACCCACACUUGGACCACUUUAUAAGAUAGAGUGGAUGAAGAAAUGGAACAUAGGCUUCCACCAGACCAGAAGGCUGUACAAUCCGUACAACGACAACAUGCAAGUCCACAUGAGCAGGGAUGGGCAGGAAGUGGAGGUGAACAUUGGAGAACAGUUAAUUCGACUUUGGGAUAAGAAUAGUGGAGGAGGCAACAGUAAUGGGGGUGGUAAUUAUAAAGGAUCCAAUACAUACAUGGUGGGUAGUGGUGGUCCCCCGAUGAUGCACGAACCACAGGGACCACCACCACCUCGACACCCUCUUCACCCCUCACAUAUUGGAGCACUUCAUUCACCCUUCCAUCAUCCCUUUGGAAGAAACUAUGGGAAUGGGUAUGGAUAUAGUGGAGGAGGUGGUGGUGGUAGUGCUGGUGGAGGCACUGGAGGCACUGGUGGUAGUGGUGGUGGUGGUGGCGGAGGUGGUGGUGGAUAUCGAGGUGGUUACAGAGGUGGGUAUAGACGCUAGACUGGUGUGUGGGUAAGGUAUUCAAAACAGCUUUAAAGAACGUUGUAAAUGUACAGCCUUGUGCAAAUUACUGAUUAUUUGUAAGAGCUUCCACAGCAAAGUGUUGAAAGAAAUUUGUACAAUUAUAAAAUGGUAUAAUUGUCUUUUUAUACUUUACACAGCUCUUCAAUAUAUGAUGUCAUAAAGAGUUGGUGUGUAUUUUUUAAUUAAUAUAUGAAGCCUCACUUAUGAAAUAAACACAUUUUCAGGUCUUGCAGUAAUGUAAAGUUCUUCACAUUGUCUUGUAGUAGAUCAGGUCUCAAUUAAUUCUCCAGUGCAAUAUAGCUUUACAUGUUCUGGCUUAGUUCCUCCUCCUUAUAAGUACUUAUUCUAUUUAUUCUUCCUUCAUGCUUAAGAUAUUUACUGCAAAUGACUCGCCAGUCAUUCCUGUUAGAAUCAACAUUUUAAAGAUAUUUUGCAUAAUUUGGUCAUACGUCAGUGUAAUUCGUCUAUGCUGUGUACUUCUCCCAUAUAUCUUCAUGUAUUGUAUUAUAAGCUUCUCAACAAUUUAAUAACUGUUUAUAUUUCU